GGCGUAUAAUAUCGAUGUAACGCGAACACAGAUUAUGAAUUUAAAAGUUGUUUUAUUUGCGCAGUAUAUCUUGAUUGUAUCAGGAUGCAACGAUGUGCAAUUGCUUCCGGAAUUAGAGAGACGCGCGAGAAACUAUAAAGCUGAUGGGUUAAAUGACCCUUACAUAAAUGACUAUGUUUUGACUGACCAAUGGUUCAAUGUCUAUAAAGUUGAGCAACAGUACUUGAUGCCAGACUCAAACAAAAUGCCCGAUCAUUUCUCCUGCGGCGGAUAUGAACCAAUUUAUAUUCAAGGAACACAUCCGGAUCCUGAAACAUUGUCGGAAACACCUGUAGGUGCUGUGGCUUGUAUUCGCAGCACAUUUGAUGAUUGCGAUUUCACUUAUGAUAUCCAAAUUCGAAAAUGCGAAGAGAAAAUUCAGUAUUUUCUCGUUUCUACAAAACAGCAAUCUGCUUAUUGUUUUGAUCCGCCAUCGCUGCAGAAUGACGAUGGAAAUUUCUCGCCCCCGCCUACAGAUGUUAGUAUUGAAAAUGUCAUGGUCAUUCCUAGCUUGCACUUUAUACAAGAAAAUGUGAAAUUAUUAAUAAAUGGUGAAUGGGUUGACACAAUUAACUUCACGCCUUACACUCAAUUCACAUGCCAAUUUAAUCAGCAAGCAGACUAUUUUUAUGCGGUUAACUGGUAUUUCAAUGGAAAUGUCUUUCGAAUUCGUGGGCCAACACAGACUUUACAAGAUCUAAUACUGGAUGAAAAAACAUUUACUGAUGAUAAGAUACCACUUGGAUUUACACUAAAAUGCGGCGUUCGAGUUUUACAAGACGCAACAGGACACGCGACACAAAUUGUUUCAAGUCCAGACUAUUUUGUUGGAAUCAAAGUCCUUAAUCCUAGAAUUGAUUUGCCAAAAGAUGGCACAGAAACAGUUAAACUCCAGCUUACGGUUCCUUUAGGGUGCAGAUACAACAGUGCAACAGAAAACCCCGCAUGUUCCCUGGGUGUGGGUAUGUUUGAUCCGGUAGGCUAUAGGUGUGACAGUGCUAAUGUGGCGCAAGUGAAAAAUAGCCAUGUUUGCGGACAGGAUAUUAAGGGUUUAAAAAUGGGACAAAAAUGGGACCCUGAAGAGGUGUUUUACUUUAAUGUAACUACGAUAGACGAAGAUUACAAUGACAGACUUGACUUUACGUUACAACUUCGAACGGACACGGAAUACGGACAUAAAUGGUGGACACAAUAUCAGGCACAUAAUGUCCAGGUUGUUGUCAAUGAUAGGAAAGCGUACAAAGACAAAGUGUGUUACUCAAGAGUUGACCCUCAUAUGAAGACUGCAGAUGGAUACCACUACGAAAAUCAGAACAAGGGAGAAUUUCUACUCUACAGAAAUACAAAGUAUGAUAUAGAAGUUUUAGAGAAAACAAACCGGUGUAACAAUAACGCAGCCUUGUGUACGUGUGGUCUAAUUAUACGCGCAGGUGCAGAUGUGUUUGCGAUAAAUCUAUGUAACAAUGUACGAUUUACAGAAUUUCUCUCAUGUGAAAAUGGAGGGAUUUUGAAAGUUGUGGUAAAGGAAAGAGGGCACCGUUAUCAAAUAUUUACACCAAUUGGUACAUGGGUAGAUGCAAAACUACACGGGGUAGGAACAUACAACGGUUUCAUGAAUGUAGAUAUAAUGAUGGCCCCAAAAGAUCUUGAACAAACAGAAGGGCUUUGUGGGUAUUUAGAUGGAAAAACAGACAAUGACUUAAAAAGGAGAGAUGGGAUAACAAUCCCGACACGAUACGACUUACCUAAUUAUAAACGUCACCAUAAUGAUUUUUCUACAAGUUGGAAAUUAGUUGGCGACGAAAAUCUUUUCAAAGUGUAUAAAAAGGAUUUCAAAAAAUGGGAGUUAUCAAACGCCUUAUAUUGUGUAUGUGAGCAAGCGCUAGAGGGAUCAGCUGGAACUACAGGUCGUGUUGCAAAGGCAAUAUGUUCCCCUACUCAGUAUCUAGACUGUCAUUUAACUCACGGAAGUACCACAUCAAGAAAAUGCAACAAGGUUUCGACGCAUAGAAGGGCACGCAGCAUUCAACAGAAGUCAACAAGAGAGAUAGAAAGACUAAUGAAAUUAGCGUAUGAAUCUGAUACGAAACCCUAUCGAAUUAAGAGAGAAGAACAGGUACAUAAUAUUACUGAAUCAGAAGCUGAAGAUAUCUGUGGAAACAUUAUAAACGGAUCGAUGCUUGUAACAGACCUUUCAGAUGCUCUUGUCGGCGAAGAUCCAAAUGAUGUCAUCGAUCAGUGUAUGUUUGAUGUCAUGACAGGAAAUGACGAAUCCCUAGCUGGCGUACAUGCUGAUGCAAUUAAUAUUGCAGCGAAGAUGAAAUUUUCACGUGACCCUGUGUUUGUCACUAAUCAUACUGAAACAGUAGACACUUUUAUUAAACACUCCUGUCCUGGAAACUGCAGUCAACGAGGACAGUGUUCCAAUGAAGGUGAGUGUAUGUGUGAAGAAUUCUACCAUGGAUUCGAUUGCGGAAUAGAUGAGCGUACACCAGUAAUUAUUGAUGAUAUGGAAGGUGGCGGGCUUUGUAACAUUACAGAUGGCGAUGGAUGUGAAUGCUUUUAUAUCAGAACUCACUUCCUGUUGCAAAACUUCACAUGUGCUAUCAACGUAACAACAAAAUUCAUUGAUAACACUGAGGAAACCGUGGAGAUUAAUCCUCAAGUUGGAGAGUUUGAAGAUAUAUUCACUGGUUUAUGUUGUGUACCAGAGGAGCGAAAGACACGCUCAACAUCAGACAAAAUUGUUUUCUCACUCAGAUAUGACACCGCAGUAAGCAAUGAUGGACUGAACUUUGGUUCCCCAGAACCUUUUAAUGUAUUCAAUUCUGAAUGUCAGGAUGCUGUACCAGAUACAUUGCAUGGACAUACUAUUGUUCUGAAGGAUGGAUUUUGUUUCAUAGACGGUAUGUGCGUUCAAAACAGUCAGGCGGAAAUUUCAGAUAAAUGCUUCAAAUGCGAGCCUUAUGUUAGCAAGUAUAACUGGACAAGAAGCUGUCAUCCAACAGACUCUCGGGAAGAAAGACUGGAAGUUAUACUAGGGGCAACGUUUGGAAGUAUUGCAGGGAUAAUGAUUGUUAUUGGAAUUGUAGCAAUUUGGCAAUUCAAAAUAAAACCACAGCAGAAGAAGAAAAGAUCUGUCGGGGACAGCCAGAUGUUCAGUUCUACAAGCGUAGAGGUAGAUAACGUGGACCAUAAAUAGAAACUCUUAAACUGAGUGUUGAUUCCAGAACGCAGUGAUUUAUUACGGCAAUUUACUAUAGGACAGACAAAUAUAAAAUCAGCUACAAAAAAAAGAGAUUGAUUUUUAUAGAUGUUCAGUUUUAUGAAGUAAUACCAAAACUGGAAAUAUAAUUUAUGUAUUAUACUGCGUAUACCAUUUUGAUUAAUCUGCCUUUCAAAUAAAAAUAAUAUAUAAUAAGGACAUUUAAAGGAACAUGGAUGCAUGCGUGCCUCAAAUGCAGAUACAAGUUAUCAAAUGUUAUGUUAAUUUUAAGACAAGUUUGUUUGUUGAAUGCAUUGUUUAAACAGAAAAUAAAAUAAAAAUCGUUAAACGAUA